ACGAAAGUUCAGCCGUCCUGAAAAGUCGAAACGAAACGAAAGCUGUUUUUGGUCUUUCCAGGGUGAAUCAGCAGAUAAUGCCACAGACACUUGUACUGAUCUGAAUCAGCGUGUGUUCAUUUUUUAACCCGACUGGAAUAUUAAAGGCAGCGAUACACCUGUAGAGGAUGAAGUGCCCAAAGUGUGAUCAUAUUGCUGUAGAGAAGACAGCAAGGUUUUGCAGUCAGUGUGGGAUGCUACUAACAACACAACUCCCAGAAAAAGCCCAAAUCAUAUCUACCAAAGCCCCAGAUGAAUCGACACAGUCUGAAGUCAUUCCACAGGCAACUGAUGAAGAAAUGAAGACCGAAACGAACCCAGACUCUUCAAUCUUGAACAAUCGUUCAACAGUUGGGUCUCCUAAAAGGCCAAAUGAUGGCAGCCCGAAUGUGAAAAAAAAGAAAAAAAAGAGAAAGAAGAAAAAAAAGAGAGUGUCGGAGAAAGAUUUGGGUCCUGCGUCUUUAACCUCUGAUCUCUCCGAUAUCUCCCUGACUGAUAAAGACGUAGGGAGGACACACGAGGAAGCCGUGUCCUCUGACAGUGAGGAAUCUGUGUCCCCUAUGGACGAGACUCCUGAUGCAAGCUUAGAUACAAAUGCUCCUGCUGAAAGUCAGACCAGUGUGUCUCCUGGAUCAUCUCUUGUCAACCCAUCAGAAGAAAAAACUUGUGAUGCCAUGACACUUGAGGGGCCUGCUUUACCUGAGGGAGAUGCUAACGAGAACCUGGCUUCAGGAGAACAAGGUGAGAAGGGUUGUCUUGAGCCAGGAGACAUAAAAGACCAAAAAUCACCGUGUGAUGAAGAGCCGACUCAUCUGGACAGUGAUGGCUCACUUUCAGCAGCUUCCAAAACACUGGAACAAGAACAGGUGAGUGACCAAAAGCAACCCAAGCAUGAGGUCCAGAAAGUUGCAUUUAAGACACAAAAUCCGAAUGAUGAACCUAACAACAACAUGCAAAGCCAGAAAGAUGCUUCUAACAAGACGCAGCCCCAGAAAGAUGCUUCUAACAAGACGCAGCCCCAGAAAGAUGCUUCUAACAAGACGCAGCCCCAGAAAGAUGCUUCUAACAAGACGCAGCCCCAGAAAGAUGCUUCUAACAAGACGCAGCCCCAGAAAGAUGCUUCUAACAAGACGCAGCCCCAGAAAGAUGCUUCUAAGAAAGCACAAAGCCAGAAUGAUGCAUCUAGCAAGACUCAACCGAUUCUGGAUCAGAAUGCCAAUGUUGAUCAAUCUGUUAAUGCUGGGCCAGGCACACAGAAAACAAAGGGACGAAAUCAGGAAGAAAAGAAAUCUGGAAUGGUGUUUGGCCCACAGAGCAAACCUGAGGUCAAGAGUCAAGACUCCAGUGUUGAUCCACAGUUGAAGGAAAAUAAUCAGCUUCUGCAGUCUGCUCAUGGGGAAGGAGAUGCUUUGAGUGGCCAGAAAAGUCCAGAGUCUAACAAAAACAAAAGUGAAGAGACAGACAGAAGGAAAGAUGUUCCUCCAAAGAGCAUUCCCACUUCAACUCAGCAGCUUUCCUCAAGUGAGAGACUGACCAUUUACUUUCACGCCAUCUUGUCAAAAGAUUUUAAGUUUGACCCAAAUGAAGACCGCAUAUUUAUAAGGGCUGGCCCUCAGAUUAGUGACUGGAAAACCAACCUGGUGGAACUGUCUGUGACACAGAAUCUCGGUGAACAUGGGUUUCUUGUAGAAGGGAGACUGGUGUCUACAAAGGUCAAAGCAGAAGCUGUGUCGAUACCCUACAAAUAUGUGGUAUAUAAGAAAAAAAAGGAGAAAUAUGAGUACGAAUAUAUCUACAAAAUGGAUUCGAGCGAAACUACAAACAGAUGUCUUUUUGUUAUAAGACGUCUACUAAACGCAGAGGGAGAAUGGCAUCAGUAUGAUGACAUAAUCUGUGCAGAGCCAUCUAAGAGUAUAUUGAAACGAAUAAAGGAGACCAUUUGGCAUGAACAAAGGAAAAGUGUGCUUGAAGGAAGAGAGAUUGCAGGAAAAGUUAUGCUUCAGACAAUCUUUGAUUUCCUCAGAAGCUGGAGUGAUCUCAAUCUCAGAAACUUUGUCACACAGCUCAAGCAGUUUCAUCAUGUCUAUGGAAACCCUUUUGUUUUUGAAGAGAAGGAGAAAAAGUGGGACACCUUGAAUUACACUGAAAAAGAUGUAAGUAAGCUCCUAAAGAACUUCAUGGUUGAACACGUCAUUCCAGAACUGCAGAAGGAUGGUGCAUCAAAAAAAAGUGAAUACAUCGAGCAACCUCUGAAGGCUGCGGCCAUUAUGCUGUACUUGUGGAAGCAAUAUGACCUUAAGCUAGAAGGGGGGGAACUUAAUCGUCUUUGCUCUGCCCUCUGUCUGCCAAAUCUGCCUAAAACCGAGUUUCUCCCCUUUUGGACCAACAUCCAAGAGUCAUUUUCAUAUUUGAAAAGUUUGCCAGACACGUUGGUGGACCUGAUUAACAUGGUGAAGGGAGAAGGGAUGACACGAUGGAUUGUUGCAAUUCCAUUUCUGCAUCUUCUUAAAGGAACUUCAAAACCAUUUGAACCUGUUUCACUCAAUGUGAGCCCAAAAAAUGAACAGGCAUGGGCUGGACUACAAGGACUGAAAUUAGCCUAUGCAAAGCCAUUAUCUUCACAAGACAGAAGAUCCAUGCUGAACCUCAUGAAAGCAAAUCGUCAUCUUGCGGAAGUGGAUACACUGCUGGCUCGAUCAUGGAUGUUCCUGAUGCCUGUUGAUGAGUUGGUGGAAUGCAGCACUAACAUCCAUGUGGAGCUUUUGGACAUGUUGCAACUUUUCUUUAUCAAAGCUCCAGUUGAUAUCUCCUACAGCAGUUCCUCAAAUGUGCUGGACACGCUGACAUUCAUUCAAAGCCAGCUUCUUGAACAAAAAUACAGCUGCUUCUCUGAUGACUAUGGAAGGAACUGCUUAGCUGCAGCUGUGAAGCUUCUGGAGAAGAUAUGCAAAGGAGCGAAGUCCUACAACCAUAGUUUUACAGACAUUCCAAUUGCUUGCUUGAACCUUGUGGUUUCAGUUUCAAACUUUUCCCAGUCUCUCCCUAAGCAGGAGAUUCUAGAGGAAGACCACUUACAGGCCGCAGAGAAAAUGGCAAAGGUCCGUGAGUUUCUGUCAUUGACGCUGAAAACUAUCAGAACUUGGAUAGGACAGACCCUUAAGGGAAAACUGCUUCAGACCUACACUUUGAGUGUCAGCCUCACAUCAGAGAUUGAGAUAUGGAAUAAUAUUAUCCCCAUAAGCUUUGAAAGCAAUGAGGAAUUUACCAAGGAGUGGAGGGACACGUUUACUAGAGAUUUUGAAGGAAAAUUUCAACAGGAAUCCUCAAUAGACCAGAUUGACAUAUACUGCAGUAAAAUUGAAGACCUUAAUAAUAGCCAUCCUCAUGUGGCCAGAAGUAUUGAGAAGUGUGCUCUACAAGCUGUCACCUCAAUGUGCCAGGCGAAGAAUGAAGCAAAACUAUUUGAGAGAUGCAAAAUAAACUGGAAGUUUGGAAAGCUCAUCUCUGCAAUUAUUCAGAAGUCUUGGCCAAAAACUGAGAGUGGGUCAUACCAAGAGAGAGACGAGGUGGUUCUCCAGCACCUCCUUAACUGGACAGCAGCCAAGUAUAUUUUCCAACUUCAUGGUGCUGAUGAAAAACUGAUUGAUCAGCUCUCUGAAGAGGCUAAAGAAAGGCUUGCCAUUGCAACGUCAUUAUUUACAAAUAUUUCAGAUCAGCUCAUCAGAGGAAGCAUAAGGAUUAAAGUUCUGAAUCACAUCUUGGCAAAGAAGAAUAUUUUCACCGAGUUGGUAAAAAUAGACUGUCUUUGUGAAAAUGAGAAAUGCAAAGAUGCCAAUGCCAUGAGGAGGCUUCUUCAGCUGAGACAGGAUGAGGUGAAAGCUGUAUAUCAUGCCAGUGAGCUUGUUAAAGGGCUCAUUGCAAUGUGCCGGAAUAUUCAGGAGCACGUAACAGUUGAUUUUGGAGGUCUAGAAGCAAAACACCAGAUUGACAUUGAUGAGAUGGCACUGAAUAAGUUCAUGGAGGUUCAUCCAUUUGACAUGAUCGCAUCCCGAAUGGCUGGUGUCGUCACAUACUUUGACCUUGAUGACGAUGUUCAGAACAUGGCUGAGAUUCUACACACAUUUAAAGAGAGCUAUAUUUUUAAGAUAUGCUGGGAGAGUCAAGCUAAAGACUUUGCUCAAAUGGCUGAUCGUGAAUGCGAGUCGGAUGAUGAGGAAAACGAUGCUACACUUGAUUGGAUUUAUGAAGACAUAUUUCAACCAUGCUACAAUAAAUACCAGAAGAUAUACAAGAGCCUAAAGGAUGGCAGCAUGACCUUUGAAGAAGUAGAUCUGAUCUUUAAAGCCUAUGUAGGGAAAUAUGUAGAACUAUCAGAAGAUGCUACAAUUAUGUGCAAACUAGAUACUGCAGAUGACAAGAGGUGGAUUCAGAGGAGGGUUCAACAAAUAGAACAGUAUCAUGAGCUUCACUUGGCAGUGGAAUCCGCUCAAGUAGUCAAGUUGGUGGAGCAGACACUUGGCCUUCAAGGAGACUUCCAGGUCUUGGAGAAGCUGCUUAUAGUUACGUGCUUGGACUUUAAGAAGGAGCCUCUUGAUAGUAUUGACAAUGAACUAAUGCAGGCCAAAACUGUACUUGUGGACAUCACGGAGCCUCGUAGGCUCUGUCUCCAGGAGCUGGGCCUCAGGAAGAACUUUGUUAUGUGGGUCAAAGAAGCACUUGAAGAUAUCAAUGAGCUGAAAGUGUUUGUGGACCUGGCCUCCAUCUCUGCGGGUGAAAAUGAUCUGGAUGUAGACAGAGUGGCCUGUUUCCAUGAUGCUGUUCUUGGCUACUCCUCAAUGUUGUAUGAGCUAAAGUCAGAUGCUAGCUUCAGGGUCUUUAAGGAGGUACUGAAGAAGCUUUGGAAGGCACUUGAUAAUGAUCCCAAUCUUCCAAAGAAACUACGUGACACUGCAAGACACCUUGAAUGGCUGAAGACUGUUAAGGAGAGCCAUGGUUCUGUAGAACUGUCGUCUUUGUCAUUGGCUUCAGCUAUCAAUACAAAAGGAAUCUACAUCAUCAGUGCAGAGAAACAAAAGAAGUUGAGUCUGGAUAAAGUCUUGAAGCUACGCAUUCCAGAGGAGCAUGAUGGGGUCCAUGAGAUGCGAUGUUACUCCCUUGAAGACCUCAAAGACCUACAAAAUAAGCUAAUGCUUAUGUCUGGCAAAGGAGAGCAAGGCCAGAAUGAAGUUGAUCAAUUUGCAGAGGUUUUUGCCAGUGUACAGAGAUUAGGUUCUGCAUUUAUUGAUUUAUUUGCGGCUGGAAAUCCAUUGUUCAGACUUUGGGAGGCAAUUAUCCACUGUAAUAGUAAAGAAGCAUGCAUUGUCAUGGACUUUAAUUUGCCAAGUAUUGCCAGUGUUGUCAUGGUGAAGGGUGAUGUGGCAGAGCAACUCCUAGAAGUCUGUAAGAAAAUGGAGCGUUGCCUCAAUUUUUGGAAAGAUUUCAUGGACAAGCAAAGAUCUCAGAAUUACUACCUCAACUAUUUUACAGCAGAGCAGAUAGUCUACCUGUGCAGUCAGUUGAGUCAGAAAAACUUGGCAAAUCUGGAUGAUCAAGCUCUCAUGAUGCUCUCUUUCAUCAAACCAAAUUGCACUAGCAACAACUUGAGGAAAAGCUGGCACAUUCUUCAGUAUGAGAUGCUUACAAAGCCUUCCGAGCAAAACGAAGACAUUGAUUUUCAAACCUUUGUUGAUGUUUCAAAUCCGGUUGAAUACGAGAUGGAUAUCGAAGGUGUGUCUGGUUCUGAUUUUGGUCCAGAAAAUGAUACUAGAAGGUUUGACAUGAUUUGGAAUACGUACAUGAGAAACAUGAAAAAUUUUCUUCCCAACUCCCUUGAUAUCAGAAGUCUAGGGAGACUUUUGGAAAUUUUGUCCGAUAGCUCCAGUGAAACUAAGGUGGAUACUGAUGUUGAUCAGGAUGAGGGUGCCCAUAAAAAGCAUCAAAGAAAUGUACAAAGAGAGCUACCUAGAGGACUAGUCCUUGGAAAACCAAAUCUCAUUAUCUGCCCUCUCGCAGAGAUUCUGACGUCUUGCAUUUCCAUUUACAUGAGCAGUGAAGAUGAGCUGCUGCCCACAUAUGAUGAAGUGCUCCUCUGCGAUUCUUCCACUUCGUAUGAGCAAGUAGAGCUGUUCCUUAGGCGCUGUCUCAAUGCUGGUUACAAGGGACAGAAGAUAUACACCAUGCUAUAUGUAGAUCAGCUAACCUAUGAAGUGAGCUACAAAGUGGAGCAAUUUUUCCAACGUCACAAGGCUCAGAGCAGAAAUGACUACAGGCUGGUGUUGAUCUGUAGUACUGAUCGAGAACAUGCCUACCUUCCCUCUGUCUUCAGUCAGUUUCGGCUGCACAUGGUACCCCAAGAACCGCUUAGCAGAAUUCAAGAAUACCUUGCCAAGCACUACACAGUCCCAAAGGACUAUUCCAGUGCUGCUGCCGUUUUUAAAAACAGAAAGUUUGUGGGAGUUGUAUCUUCGAGAAGAGCAGGAGUUGGCAAAUCGCUCUAUAUCCAUCGGUUGCAUGAAAAGUUGAAGUUGAUUACCAAGAAACCUUCACAGCUCAAGUGUAUCCGGUUGAUAGAGCCAAGAGUGAAUGAAAAUGCUGUUCUUCAGUCAAUGCUUAACAGCCUCAAGAGGGAGCUAACCAUCUUUCAUUUUGACAUUACUUCUUUGGUACAGAAAGGCCUCCAUGAAUUUCUCUUUCGGUUGCUGGUCCUGGGUUACCUUUUGGAUUCAGAAGGAAGAAUGUGGAAAUGCAGCAAUAGGCACCUAUACAUCAUUGAGCUCCUCCAGUCUAGUACAAAUGUGCUUAGAAACAGCUCAAGAUCUGGUUUAACUGUCCAGUCAGCCUUCCAGGAAGUGUUUCCAACUGUCUACUGCCGAACUCCAAAAGAAGUCCUUGAGCUGGAAAUGAGGAUGUCAGAAGACCCAUCUGCAACAGUGGGGGAUGACCCCUUAAUGGAUGAUAAAGAAUUCAGAAGUGAGGCUUACCAGCGCCCAUACCAGUAUCUAAAACAAUUCCACCAUGGAAACAACUUGGAUGGAUUUAUGUACCGAGGAAUUGAAGGAACCCAUGUAGAAUGCCUGCAGUUGCUGUUUCUCUACUGUGGUGUCAUGGACCCUUCCUGGGCUGAGUUGAGGAAUUUUACAUGGUUCUUAAAUCUGCAGUUACGAGACUGUGAAACAUCUGUAUUCUGUGAUGCAUCCUUUACAGGAGACACUUUGCUGGGAUUUAAAAACUUUGUGGUUGAUUUCAUGAUACUCAUGGCUAAGGAUUUUGCUACACCCUCUCUGAGCAUCUCUGAUCAGAGCCCAGGGAGGCAACAAAUGGACAUUUCAGGUGUUAGUGAAGAAGACCUUGCUCCAUUCAGGAUCAGAAAGAAAUGGGAAUCAGAACCUCAUCCAUACAUUUUCUUCAAUGAUGACCAUGUGUCCAUGACAUUCAUUGGCUUUCAUCUACAGCCGAAUGAUCAGAAUUGGGUAGAUGCCAUUGAUCCAUCAACAAAGAGAGUGAUCAAAAAGAACAUCAUGACUAAAGAGUUGUAUGAGGGUCUAAGGCUCCAAAGGGUUCCUUUUAAUAUUGACUUUGAUAAUCUCCCAAGAGGAGAGAAAAUUGAGCGAAUCUGCAAUGUUCUGGGAAUACAGUGGCCCCUUGACCCAGAUGAAACUUAUGAGCUGACAACUGACAACAUAUUGAAGAUUCUGGCUAUACACAUGCGCUUCAGGUGUGGCAUUCCAGUCAUCAUCAUGGGUGAGACAGGGUGUGGGAAGACCAGGCUAAUUAAAUUCCUGUGUGAGCUACGACGGAGUGGAGUUGCUACAGAGAAUAUGAAACUAGUCAAAGUCCAUGGAGGAACAAGCUCGGAUAUGAUUUAUAGCAAAGUGAGAGAGGCAGAGUCCAUUGCAUGCAGCAAUAAACAAGAUUACGGUUUUGACUCUGUAUUGUUCUUUGAUGAAGCGAACACCACAGAAGCCAUCAGCAGCAUUAAAGAAGUACUGUGUGAUAAAACAGUAGAGGGUGAACCCAUGAUGUCAAACACUGGCUUGCAAAUUAUUGCUGCAUGUAACCCAUACAGGAAACAUACCGAUGUAAUGAUUAAGAGACUGGAGUCAGCUGGUUUGGGAUACAGAGUACGAGCUGAAGAAACGGAUGAAAAACUUGGAUCCAUUCCCCUCCGUCAACUUGUGUACAGGGUGCAGGCCUUGCCUCCUAGCAUGAUUCCCUUAGUCUGGGACUUUGGACAACUUAAUGACUGUACUGAGAAAAUAUACAUUCAGCAAAUUGUCCAAAGGGUGGUUGAAAACCACUCUUUCCCUGAAGACUACAUCAAGAUCAUUACAGAUGUCUUGUCAGCUUCACAGAAGUAUAUGAGGACAAGAAAUGAUGAAUGCAGUUUUGUAAGUCUGAGGGAUGUUGAACGUUGCAUGCAAGUUUUUGCAUGGUUCUACCAAAAUAAUGAAAUGUUGCUGUCAGAACUUGCCAGGUAUGAAAGUAAUCAGAGAGCACAAAAAACCGAACACAGUCUAAACGACAUUGAUGAAAGAGACCCUAUUCUGUGGUCCUUAGUGAUGGCUAUUGGUGUAUGUUACCAUGCCUGCUUGGAGGACAAAGAGAAGUAUAGGAACAAAAUCUGCAAAUACUUCCCAAGGACAUACAGCCCAGUCAAGUUAAUGCAAGAAAUUUCAGUUAUGCAAGAUCUUCUUCUUAGUGGAGUUCCACUAGGUGACACUAUUGCAAGAAAUAAUGCUUUAAAGGAAAAUGUUUUCAUGAUGGUGAUUUGCAUUGAGUUGCGAAUUCCUCUCUUCUUGGUUGGGAAGCCUGGAAGCUCCAAAUCUCUGUCUAAAACCCUGGUUGCAGAUGCUAUGCAAGGUCAAGCAGCUCAUUCUGACUUGUUUAGGAAACUAAAGCAGAUUCAUCUGGUGUCAUUUCAGUGCAGUCCUCAUUCCACACCAGAAGGCAUCAUCAACACAUUCAAGCAAUGUGCCCGUUUCCAGGAGGGCAAGAAUCUAAAUGAGUAUAUCUCGGUGGUGGUACUGGAUGAAAUUGGUCUAGCUGAGGAUUCUCCUAAAAUGCCUCUCAAAACUCUCCACCCUCUUCUUGAGGAAGGAUGUAUAGAUGAUCAGCCCCUGCCCCACAAGAAGGUCGGGUUCAUCGGAAUAUCUAAUUGGGCUUUAGACCCAGCAAAGAUGAACAGAGGAAUAUUUGUUUCUCGUGGUGAUCCUGAUGAGAAAGAGUUGAUUGAGAGUGCCAAAGGCAUUUGCUCUUCUGAUGCAAUGAUCCUUGAGAAGGUUAGGGAUUUCUUUCAGCCUUUUGCUCGUGCUUACCUCAAAAUCUGCAAGAAAGAAGGGAAAGGGUUUUUUGGCCUGCGUGACUAUUACAGCUUGAUUAAGAUGAUAUUUGCUAUCGCCAAAGCAUCAGAUCAAAAACCAACUGCAGAACAGAUUGUGGAGGCUGUGUUGAGAAACUUUAGUGGUAAAGACACUGUGAAUUCUGUCACUGUGUUCACCAGCAGGCUUGCUUUUAAACCUAACCAUGAAAGCAUUGAUACCAUUGAGCUUGUGAGACAAAAUAUCGCAGCAGUUGCUCAAGAUGAGGAGUGUCGCUACCUGCUCAUUCUAACCAAAAAUUAUGCAGCUCUACAGAUUCUUCAGCAAACAUUUUUUUCAGAACAGUGCCAACCUGAAAUCAUCUUUGGCUCAAGCUUCCCGAAAGACCAACAGUACACCCAGAUUUGCCGAAACAUUAACCGUGUCAAGACUUGCAUGGAGACAGGUCAAACCAUUGUGCUUCUGAAUUUGCAAAACCUGUAUGAAAGCUUAUAUGAUGCACUCAAUCAAUACUAUGUUUCCCUUGGAGGUCAGAAGUACGUGGAUUUGGGACUUGGAACCCACCGCGUCAAGUGUAGAGUACACAAGGACUUCAGGCUCAUAGUGAUUGAAGAGAAGGAAGUUGUCUACAAACAAUUUCCCAUUCCUCUGAUUAACAGGUUGGAGAAGCACUAUCUGGACAUUAGCACUGUGCUAAAGAAUGAACAAAAGCAGCUUGUAAAAAUACUUGAACAAUGGGUUGGCCAUUUCAUUAAAUCCAACAGUCAGCAAUCACCUGCUUCCCAGGCUGCAAAAUACUGCCCAGCUGAUGUUUUCAUUGGCUAUCACUCUGAUACCUGUGCCUCAGUCAUCUUGCAAGUUAUAGAGAGACAGAGAGGAGCGAUGGAACUUGCUGACCCUCAGAGACAACUGUUGGAUGAAGCCAAGCUCAUCCUAUUGAACUGUGCCACACCAGAUGCAGUGGUUCGCCUAGACAGUUCAACCCUUUCCAGAGUGGAAAGUGAACACCUAGCAAGGGUGUACUUUGAAGACCAGAAGCACAGUUGUAUGACUGACUUUGUGCUCUCUCACAUCCUACAGGAAGAGUGGAACCAUGCCUCUUUCACUGAGGUGACCACCUUCUCAAGACUUCUGACAGCUGCAGACAUUGGGCAGCUACAGGAAGUGGUUCCAAACAUCGAGCUACUUGCAUUGCAACAGUUUGACACGGAACAUUCUUUCCUAAAGAAAAUCAGGAACUUUUUAGACAGUACCUCUGGGAACAAAAUACUAAUUAUUCAGACUGAUUUUGAUGAAGCUUUACAAAGCUCCAACCUCAUUGCAUCAGCAAAGUACUCCUCUAUCGGUGAAAUCAGCAAAUUCAGGAAGGAGCAGGAAAGUAAGGUGUUCGUCUACUUCAUUACCAAACUGCCAAGAGUGGAAGGUGGAACUUCUUAUGUUGGAUUUCAUGGCGGUCCCUGGAAAUCAGUCCACAUUGAUGACCUUAGAAGAUCAAAAGACAUCAUCUCUGAUAUUAAAGCCUUGCAGUGUCUUACCAUCAGUCAGCUGUUUGAGGAAAAGGAAGAUCAGCCUGAAGCUAUGGAGACAGAGGACCUGUAUAAAGAAGAAGAAGCUGAAACAAUGGAACAAGAGGGCAAUGUGAGCUGGGAUAAUGUUCUAGAUACCACAGCACUGGUGCGUAGCUGUGUUCAAAGUGCAGUGGGCAUGCUGAGAGACCAGGGGGAUGCAGGUUGUCGCAGCACUAGAAGAGUAGAAAUUCUACUAACUCUCCUGUCUGAUAAUGAGGAACUUCAAGCUACAUUUUUGAAAACCAUUAAGCGCCGUCUUCAUUCUCUGUUGAUGAACCAUGAUGAGCACACUGUCUCAGCAAAGAAUUGGGUUUUCAAAGAAGCAUCCAAUAUUGAUUCCCUACAAGAGGGUGGGACAUUCAGAAAUACUUUAUGGAAGCGGGUUCAAGCUGCAGUCAUUCCCUUCCUGGCGCAGCUGAUUUCAGUUAUUGACCGUGACCACAAUCUUGACAUCUUGCUAGAUGGAAACUCGGGUGAAUCAGUGAAAAAACUGUGGUUGGACAUCUUUGAAAACGUCAAGUUUUUAAAAGUUCCAUACACAAGAGUGGAUUCCAUCUCAGUGCCGAAGACCAUUCUUGUCCAGAACUGUAUCGUGGUUCAUAGGAAUACAGGCUGCUGCAUGCCAUUCAGCUGGCUAAUCAAAGAUCAUUUAGAAGAACUCUGGGUACAUGCUCUGCACAGAGAAGGCCACACUCUGAAACAGUUUGAGGAGUUCUUCUGGAAGACUCCACUUGGCCGAUAUAUUGCAGAAGCUGAACAAGAAAUGCAGGAGGAGUUUUUCUGCAGGUAUCUUCAGGAUUUCAUCUCUUUGACGACAAACUUAACUACAGAGGUUGAACUGAAGCUCCUUGCGGGAGCUCUGACAUGCUGUGUGAAUGAAGUGAGAAGUCGUCAGGAGGCAGGACAAAAUGAGGUAACCUCUUUACCCUGGAUCCACGCUGCCUACCAUGAGUUUAAGAACCGCCUGCAGAACUUCUCCAGAAUGAUCACCAUUGAGCCCCAGAUUGCUCAGGUGCUCUUGGACAACAGACAGUCCAUAGAUGGCAUGGAAAUGGUGCUCGAUGUAUAUGCUGCCUUGGCCUGUGUUGAGUAUCUGGAGCCCCAUGACCUGGCUGCUUUUACAAAUUGUGUGGCUUGGCUACGACAGGUAAAGAAGUUACAAGUCCCAAUUGAGUUGGUCUGCUCAGAGGAGAGCAUCCGACACUAUGGAGAAAGGAGCAAGACCAUGAUUGGCCGUGUCCAACAUAGGUGGCGACGUAUCCAUGCCCUUUCCCUAUUUGUUGAGCACAUACUUCUAGGUAUAGAGAACGUGGAGAAGAAUCUCAAACCAUUGGUCCUGGAACACACACGACAGUUGGCUCAAGUUUUGGACAAGGACUCUGACCUCAAAUUGAAACAGCCAUUUGAGGCAGUGAUUACCAUUCUCAAAGCCUGCAAAGAUGGAGCAAAUAAUCGGAUUUUUAGGUUUGGUUUCCAGCCAUGUCCAGUGUGUAUGGGAGACCCUCGUGAUCCUCUGAGUCUUCCUUGUGAGCACAUCUACUGUCUAGACUGCAUCAAGCUGUGGCUGAUCCCAGGACAGAUGUACUGUCCACUUUGCAUGCAUGGAGUUGAUGAUGACUUUAACCUCAUGCCAUCCGAGACCAUUCGGACCCAGAUCAAAGAAAAUGGCCAAUUCAGAAAACAGUGCAAUGCCUUCUUCAUUGACCUCGUCUCCACCAUCUGCUUCAGAGACAACUCACCACCCAAUAAAGCCAUCAUCCGUCACCUGCUAUCCUUCCUCAUGGUGGAGGCAGGGUCUGUACCCAGAAUCCGAGGCUGUGAUCGACAAUUUUUGACCAAGGCACUGUCUCCUUUUGAUGACUCUGUGGACAAAAACCCUGUAGUACGCUCUGUAGUGCUCAAACUGCUGCUCAAGUACAGCUUUGCUGAUGUGAAAGUCUACCUUCAGCAACAUCUUACAGAAGUUGAGCAGAGUAACAUCCUGGAGAAAGCUGAUAAAACGGAACUGUAUUGUCUGUAUAUAAACUGCCUUGAGGACGCUAUGUUUGAGCGGACCCAGUGGCAUUCUGUGUCUGAGCAGCAGGCCUGUCUGCUGGAAGAGAAGAACUUUCUGAUGGAAUUCUUGCAAACUGGAGCUGUGGCUACCGAAACUGUGACCAUCGAGCACCUACAACAGGUGGCCAGAAUUCGCCUGUGUCUAGAUAUGGCAGCAGACCUACUAGUCAGCAGAAGCUCCACUGCAGCUACUCAAAAGGAGAGCUCAUCUGGAGUGGCUGCAUUCUUGGAUUCAGUGCAGAAUCUGUGCAAGCGCAGCAGGAAUGACUGGUACAGGGUCUACCUCAUCAGAAAAAUCUGCAGUCUUUGUGGGGUAGAAUACAUCCAGAAGCUUCUACAUGAAGAACAGCUUAGCUGGCUGUUUCCUCAAGAGGUUCUCCAGAUGAGAGAAGGCACUAGCCAAAUUGACCAGUAUCUGGUCUAUGGUGUGGAGUACAAGGCUAUCAGAGAUGCAGUUGCCAAGGCCAUGCUAGAAGGGAAAGUAGAAAGAAUAGAGGAAGCCUGUGAGACUUGCAGAUGUUCACCUGCAAAGAAGAACAUGUACCUUUUGUUAGCUCUGUUUAGAGAAGUCACCACUUUGUACAGAGCUAACGAUCCCAGCAUCCAUCCUAACCCUGAGCAAUUGGCAGCACUUGAAAACUUCACCAAGAGCUCUAAAGCCUUACUCACUCCAGAAUCCAGGGUCCUUGCUCAGGCUCUGGUGUAUAACCAGUUGCCUACCCUGCGUUUACAUCCCAAUUUAUCGAGUGAUGAAUAUAUGGUGCUGGAGCUCACCGUUCACCUGGCAGCAGUGCUUCUCUGUGCAAACCAAGCAGUGGUGGAGCCCCUCUUACAGCUUGCUUUCUUUCCUGUCAACAUGCAGAGAGCCUUCUUACCUACAAUGCCAGAUGACAUGCUUGCUGUUGCCCAGCAGGCCAUGGGGCAUCUGCAGUGGUAUUAUUGUCCAAACGGACACCCAUGCACUGUUGGUGAGUGUGGUCAGCCAAUGGAGAGGAGUCGAUGUGUAGACUGCAAUGAAGCGAUAGGAGGCACUGAUCACAGACCUGUUACAGGCUUCCAGGCAUUUGCAGUACAAGAGGACCGUACACAGACAGGGCACAUCCUGGGGGAUCCACAACGCAGGGAUCAGCCAGAUAUGCAGGACACAAAGAACAUGUCUCCCACUCCAUUCACUCUACUCAGGAUGCUUACACAUAUGGCCAUGCUAUUGGGAGCCUCUAAGCAGCCCCAGGCUCUGAUCACAAUCAUUAAUCCCCCUGUGGCGCAACCUGGGUUGUUUCUAAUGGCCCACCUGCUGAAGGAUAUUGAGCAUCUAAGCAGAGCUCUAGGGAAGGGGGCAGAUGACACAGCUUGCACUGUCCACCUGACCAUCUGUAGUCUUCUUAAGCCCCAUAAGCCCAGUCACUUGCCUGCACCUUCUGAUAAUCUGCUUUCAACUAAAAAUGCCAGAAAUAACUGGGAGAUGACCAUGACCACUGAUAUUAUCACACACCAGCUGAAGGCUUUGGAGACCCAACUAGCAAAAGUAAAUGCCUACAUCAGAGAUGAUGAUAGGGUGUCAUCUAACCCAGUGAUGAAGGUGACAUUUGGAGAUCCGCGGCUAUUCUUGCACACUUUACCUCAAGGUUCUCUGAUUCAUGGUUCUUCUGUGUGGAGCUGCAGGCAGCGUGUCUCUCUUCUUAGCCUGGGCCACGUUUUGGAGCAGAAUGAAGGCAGGGACACACUUCCCAUCCUCUGGAAGUUCCUACAGAAAGAGGCAGAGGUGAGGUUGGUGAAGUAUCUCCCAGACAUUCUUGCUCUCCAGAGGGAUCUGGUGAAGAAGUUCCAGAAUGUGAUGGAGCUUCAAUGUGGCACUAUAGCACAGUUCCUGCAGAACCUGAAAGCAGCAUCUCUAAUGACAUCAUAUGAAAAACGCAUCAAUAUCUUCCUGUCCACAUGGAACCAACUGAGAGGAUCUCUGGCUACAAACGGAGAGAUCAAGCUCCCAGCUGAGUACUGCCAAGAAGAACUAGACCUUAAUGCUGACCUGCAAGUGCUGCUGCCACGAAGACAGGGUCUAGGUCUGUGCUCCACCGCUCUAGUCAGCUAUCUAAUUGCUCUGCAUAAUGACUUAAUCUAUGCAGUGGACAAGCACACUGGAGAAGAGACUAGUUACACAGUGAGUCCAGCAGACCUGACGGAGCUCCAUGUGAUCAGAUAUGAGGUAGAACGAGAUCUGCUACCUCUCGUGCUUUCCAACUGCCAGUACAGCAUGGAACGUGGCCACGAGACACUGUCUGAGUAUGACCUGCCCAAGAUCCAGCAGCAGCUCCUCGUGCGCUUCCUUCAGGGCAAGCCAUUUAUCACCCUCAAUGGAAUUCCAACCUUUGUAAACAGACAUGACAGGAAUUAUGAAAACAUCUUCCAGGAUGUGAAAGGCAAAGUUCAGCAAGAGUCUUUGUCCUCACUAAGUCAGUCCACGCUAUCUGUGGAACUGCAGUCCUACAGUGACGCGUGUGAGGCAUUGUCCACUGUGGAAGUAGCCUUGGGCUUCCUAGCCAUGACUGGGGGAGAACCCAACAUGCAACUGGGCGAUUAUCUGAAGGAAGAACUGCAAAUGGCUGACCACAUAGCCUUGCAUGUACUUAAGGCUCUGAGUAGGUGCUGUCUGAAACACUGUGUGGCUCUGUGGCAGUUCCUUACCUCUCUCAAAUCUGAGACAAUGCUACGCCUUAAGAGGGACCCAUUUAUUGGGAUAAGUAAGGAGUAUAAAGAAGCUCUGGGAGAAGAGGAAAAGAGACUGCUUACUGGUUUCUUUGCAAAGACCAGUGCAGACUCUUUCUUGCUGGAAAUGCAUGAGUUUCUACUGCUGGUCUUGAAGAACCCAAAUGCCACAGACACCUACAAACCCAACUGGAGUGUGAAAGACACUGUGGUGUCCUACAUGGAAAGAAAAGACAUGGAUGUCCCUCCAGAUGUGGAGGAGUUCUUCCCUGAUGAGAUACUUUUAGCACAGUAUAUUGAGGCCUGGAAGUUCUCCAUCCUCCUCAAGCAAGAACGAAUGCAAAGAUAAACCCCAUAUCAAAGUUUCCCAUCAUCACCCUGCUUCCACUUCAUACACCAGUCUAUUAUCUCAGAGUUGUGUUUCUUUACAAUCAUCAUAAGCAGUAUUUUCAUACUGGGUGCCACUUGGGUGCAUGCUGAAGUGCAAUAUAAAAAGUGACAAUCUUUGAUUAUGCUUCUGCAAUAUUAGCAUAACUGUGAAAUGACGACGGAAAUAUAAAAAGGCUAUAGUUUACACAAGAACAAUGCAGCUUCCUGUUUUGGCAGAGAAACAACUGAAAGUGCAUAAAAUUUGUGGUGAUUCCUUUUGUCAGCAUGCACAUUUUCUGGAUCAUUCCAUUAUUAAUCCGCUGCUUGUCAUUGACAGUUUGUUUACAUGUACUUGUUUGGACUUUGUUCUGCAGAAACACUUCCCAUAUAUGUACUGAUCAGGGUAGUAGAAAAAUAAUCAAAAUUUAUACUCAGGGACAUUUUGGAAAUCAAUUUAAUCCAGGAUUAAAUUGGAAUAAAAACUCACUUUUUGAUCCCCUGGGACCAGACUUGGCUUUAAUCAUGGGUUUUAGAAACAGAGAAGGAUUAUAAUGCUGCUUUGAUUUUCUGCUCCGUUAUUGAUGUUAGAAAUUGUUAGGAACCUCUUGCAAGUGAAAUAUUAACCAAUUGCCUUACACUUAACUAUAACCAUGUGUUCUGUUGCACUUUGGCCCUGUGGCCUUAUUCAGCUGUAAGCAAAGUUGUGUAGUGAAGUAUUGUUAAAAUCAAAAUGAGUGUGUUUUCCUGAAUAAAAUUUCUCUUGUAUGUUUAAUAA